AUGAUGGCUGCGGAACCCGUUAAACGCCAAAAGCGCGAAGCAUACAAGAAGUCUCUCGCAGCUGACGAUGGUGCUCUCCCGAAAAAGAAAUUCUUUAGGCAGCGCGCACACGCGAAUCCGUUUUCAGACCAUGCAUUAACGUAUCCUAAGAGCCCGGCAGAGAUGAAUUGGGCGAGCUUGUACCCCGCAUAUGCUGUCAAGAAGCCCGCAGAAGGAGAGAAAGAGAAGGUCGAUGAGUCACGUGCAGAAGGCCAGGUCGCGAACGAGGAAGACCAGAGGCAAGCAAGAUCUAUCACGAAGGAUGUUGAGAUCGCAGACAUAGGCUGUGGCUUUGGAGGGCUCCUCUUCGCGCUCUCUACGGCCUUCCCAGACACUCUAUCAAUCGGCAUGGAAAUUCGCAUCUCAGUGACCGAAUACGUGCAAGAGAAGAUCCGCGCUUUAAGGAGUCAAAACGCAGAAAACCAAGCCUACCAAAACAUCGCUUGUCUGCGCGCGAACACUAUGAAGUUUCUGCCCAACUUCUUCCGCAAACACCAACUUCGCGCUAUCUUCCUCUGCUUUCCGGAUCCGCACUUUAAGCAGCGCAAGCACAAAGCGCGCAUUGUCUCUAGCACGCUGUGCGCGGAAUAUGCUUUCGUGGUGAGGCCCGGUGGGUAUGUGUACACGAUUACCGAUGUGAGGGAUUUGCAUGAGUGGAUGGUGGGGCAUUUCGAGGGGCAUGCGAGUUGGGCAAGGGUUGAAGGGCAGGAGUUGGAGGAGGGUGAGGUCGGACAGUGUGUGGCGACUAUGUCAACGGAGACGGAGGAAAGUAAAAAGGUGACGAGGAAUAACGGCGAGAAGUUCGUGGCGGUAUUUAGGCGGGUGGAAGACCCGGCUUGGCCGGGAGAGGAAUCAGAGGCGUGA